AUGCCGAUCCCCACGUGGGCACGCACCACCGCGCCGGCGUCCACGAAGGCCGUCUCCACGGGGCUCCCGCUGGCGGUUGCGCCCCCAGCACAACCCAUCUCGGCGCACCGGCCCUCGGCGGCAGCAGCCUGCCACGGGAGCCUCCCUCGGCGGCGGCGGCGCGUCCUCCCCACCUCGUCGCUGGCCGCUUUGCUGGAGGCGGUUUGCGGGGCGCCGCACGGUGGUGGCGACGUCACCGGCGGCGAUGUGGACCUGAAGAGUAGCCGAGGAGGAGACGCGUCGCAGCAGGUGGCAGGCCCGGGCCGGUGCGUGCGGCGCCCCUCGCUCCGGCGGCCAAGGCACGCCGUGUGGGUGAGACGCAGGGCUGGGCAAGCUGUCUCUUGCACGGAUGGGAAAAGAGAGGCGUCAACAGCAGCUGCCACGGACUGGACGACUAUGCGGAAUGACGCGAUGGCGAUGCCCAGGGAGCUGGACGAACUACUCAUGAGCCUGUGGGACUCGGACAUGGAGCUGGCCAUGGGCUUCAGUUCCUGCAGCGCUCCUCCGAAGGAGGCGAGUGCCACUGCCUCUUCCCAAUCAUUCUCUGUCAUGAAAUGGCUGGUUCCUGUGCUUCACCGUGAAAGUUUUGAAUUAUCUUUAGUACUGCUAUACUAG